UGUAUACGUACGAUCCCGGCUCUUGUUCUGAUAAAUUAGCUGAAGAGGCACUCUUUUAGCAUAAUCUUUUACUCCCUUCUCAUUCCUUGCCUUUCAACUUUCUCAAUAUCCCAUAUCUCCUCAAUAUUUGGCGGAAACACUCGGAUUUGGAAGGCUGUUUUUCCGGCUCGAAUACAGGAGGAUUUACCGCUGUGUAUAUCAAAAUUGAACCUAGCUCAUAAGGCAUUCUGCAGGUAGCCUUCUAAUUUGCAAAUUUAGACUAUAUCCAGGCAGCAAUACCUCCCCUGUUCAUGCGUCUGCGCCUAUUUCAUUUGCAUCCUUAUACAGCGAGACACGACAAAGAUCUCUGAGUGUUCAUGCUCUACACCGGCAUUUUUCGACGGAAAUAUAAGGAACAGGGGUAUCUUUUCUCAUUCCAGGUCAUCCACCUCUGUUUGGCGCUCGUUGUUUACUUUUCAGUUGCUUCCGCCCUACCAAAUCCUCAGCUCUCUAUCAAAUCCGCUGUUCCAGAUGACAAAGCCGACAAAGAGAAGCCCGACCUGAGAUGUUCCCCGGCAACCUGGCCUGAGAUUCUGCUUUUCUAUCUGGGCAACUAUGUCACGCAUGCUACCACAGUCAAGCCACUGCCGGGCGAGCCAAGGUGGGACCUGCUUCUCCGCACCUAUUUCGCCCUCCUAUAUCCGCAGUCGACUUUAAAAGGAGGCAUUAAGGAGGUCCUAAGAAACUUUCUCGAGCAUAAAGCAUCAUCUGGGAAUUUGCCUUUGAGCCUUGCUGCCAGAGCGAAUGCAUUAUGCAUGGUAGUGAGGGCGCCAGAUUGGAUCCCACAGGAAGGGGACACUGUCAAAAAUGCCGUCUUUGUCGAUCCGAUUAAUAGAUCUAAAAAGCAAAGCCAAAAAGGUCUACCCCAAUUGGUGACACUCGCGCAGCAAGACUACACGAAGCUCCAAAAAAACAAGCCAGUCAAUCUAAUAACAUCACUUGCACCUUCGAGAUAUGCGCUUUCAAAUUCGAAUCAGAUGUACUCGGACCUCAAGACCUUCGUCCCAAAAGCACAUCGCAUUUAUGGUACAUGCAUUCUUCCGCCUGGGUACAAGCUUGCAGUUGUUCCAGCAAAUGCUUCAAUAUCACCCCGAGGGCACAAAGAUCCGGAGAUUAUAAACUCCUCUAGCAGUGAAGUGGAGAAUUCGAAUACAAUCGCUACUUCUUAUGGUUUUGCUAAGGCCUUUGUUUCAUUCAUUCAGGCCCUAUUCUCUACCUUGAACAUAUAUAUGUCGAAAGGGGGCCAGAUAUCUCGUUAUGGGUAUGCGGCGUUUGGUCUAACUAUUAUUCCGUUCACUUUAAUGUCCGUGGUAAACCUGGCCAGUAACCUCCGCCUACCGGAACACUCGAGCCUCUAUAUGGUUGCAUCUGACAUAAUGGAGGAAGCAAUUAGACAUGGCGGGAGUUUUGAAGGAAUUGUCGGAGAGCUCUAUAAUGAAGAUGCAUUGCCAAACAUGGCGCGUGGGAUAUCGGGCAAGUUCACUAGAAGCGAGGACAGCUCUGGUAUAAGCCUGCAGCUUCAGCAUCAGUCUUGUGUGGUCCCGCAAGAUGAUUUGCCUCGGCUUCACGAGCCUAAAAAUAAGCUCACAACGGGGUUUCAUUCCGAGCUUGAAGAGAUUUUUUCUGGCUUGAACAGCAUUGGAAGCGACAUCUCUACAGGUGGGUCGUCGAGCGCCGGAGCAGAGGAUGAAGACCAUGCCAUCAGGAUCCAGCAUGUCAACAUAGCGGAGAUCAAUCGGAAAGUUCCAAGGCAGCAGCCAAGUCUCGUUGUGCCUAGCUUUAAUAGUUUCAAGCUCCAGUCUAAGAACAAUCGCCAGUCCAUAGAAGCGGCUGGGGACUCUGCGCCAUCACUCGCCGAGCUUGUGCAUUCGCCAUGGAUGGAUGCCCUAGAUUCGCUAUUCUGGAGCUUCCUUGUGACUGGAGUAUCGCUCAUUCUCACCGGCAGCCUGACGCAUUUCAAUAAAGGCCAUAGCACAAAAGCGCAGAGAAUAUGGCUGAUCCUCUGGCAAUGGGUCGGAGCUUGGUUCAGCCCUAUCGUUGCCCAAGGCCAAUCGCUUUUCGGCUCCUGGAAAGAUUCUCAAACGGAAAAGUCUCUCCCAGAGAGCAGGUCCUCUUUUGAACUAAAAUUGACCUUGCUACAAUUUGCUAUUGUUGCUAUCUAUAGCGUUCCUGCCAUUGGGGGACUUGUGGUUGUCGGCCAGAUGCUUCACCAAUAUGGCAGUUGCGCUACUGUUGCAUGAAUAAACGACUGAGGAAGAUUUUCGGGUAUAUAUAUCGAUUGUUCGCUGCAUACCUUUCCUCGCAUGAUUUCAAUUCCCGGACUCAUGUUGAAGCGCGACUUGUUCCUAAAUUGAUUCAAAUAGUGCAGAAAUAUAAAGGUCGUGGCACCUCGCCAUUAAACACAUGUUCAUAGAAUAGAGGAAUUUAAUCACCUUAUGUAAAUAAAAUCAGACG